AUGGCGCGAGAAGAUGAUUUGACGGCGAGACUGCUCAACGAGGACGAAUAUGAGCUGGAAGAGGUCGGGGAAGAGGAGAAUGCCCAGAAGACACAGCAGCAUAAGAGAGGAGGAACCGUCUGGAAGCACGAUCGGCACUCGGGAUGGCAGAACACGAUAUCGCAACUUAGCAAGAGCUGGUCCAGCACGCGUACGCUGGUCGCCGUCAUAUGUCUGGUCUUGCUGGCAACGCUCGCGACAGGCUUCUUUCGUGGCUCGACGACUAGGUCACCCUGGUCUUCAGAUGGACCUCACCCCAUCGACAAGCUCAUAGUGGACGCGAACGCUGCCUUUUCCACGGCUUUGGCAGAUGGGAACCCGCCCACGGUUGCGCUGGCAGCGGCGGCCUAUAGAGAAAGAAGAGGACGACAUCCUCCGCCUUUCUUCGACAAAUGGUUCGAGUGGGCUCAGGAGAACAAUUGCACGCAUAUUGAGUCAAUGUUCGACCAGGUAUACGAAGACGUCGAGCCGUUUUGGGGAGCGCAUCCGGCCAAAGUCAGAGCAGACGCAGCGUCGUGGCCAGUCAUCCUUUCCGUCCGCGAUGGUGUAAUAGAGCGCAGACGCAUGACCGAGCCUAUGUGGGGCUCCAGGGACAUGUCCUGGCACAAAAUGCUGGCACAAAUUCCGUCAAAUUCGCUCCCGGAUGUUGAUAUACCUUUGAAUACAGACGACAAAGCUCACAUCUUCGUGCCCUGGGAGGAGAUCAAUGGCUACAUGGAGAAGGCAGCCACUACACGAACCAUUCGCCCGGCGGACAAGAUGACACAGGAUUACUCGUCAUAUCCGCCUCCGGCAGAUGCUACUUUCGACGUCUUCGAGGACUUCCCAUCAGAAGAGAACCUCUGGCUGCUCGUACGCGAUACAUGCCCUCCCACCAGCGACGCUCGAAAUCUCGUCCAAGAUACCGACUUGACCACGCCGUCCAGAUUUCCGUCGAAACAAGGCGCUCAUCUGGUCGCUGGUUUCGUUAGCAAUUGGACCGCUGCCAGAUCUCCAUGUGAAGUACCGGAUCUUCGCAACUUGCAUGGCUUUUUCGCCAACAGCAUCCGAAGUUCACACAUGCACUGGAAGCGGCCGCAUGACCUGGACAGGCUUGUCACUCGCCAAUUCUUCCCCCUUUUCUCCGCCGGAAAGGUUCAGGGAUCGAACAAUGAUAUCGUCAUUCCUCCCGCGACGUCUUGGGGAGAGGUCUACUUCAGUGCCGAUAAGACCAUAUGGAAUGAGAAGCAUGAUGAGGUCUUCUGGCGAGGUGGAGCAAGCGGAGGCGAGAACAACGAGACGAAUUGGACUCGCUUCCACCGUCAUCGGUUCGUGAGUCUCUGCAACGGUACGCAGGUAGGCACGACAGAACAAUCGCCCAAUCCACCACUUCAUGUCCCCGGCAACGAACCCCCUCUGCCGUACAAUAUCCCACUGCCGGACCCAAAGACCUACCCCUUAGGAGCAACAUCCACGGGCACGAGUCCCUCCGACCUCUCUCGCUGGAUCUCAGACUUUUCAGACGUGGCGUUCACCACUCUUACCUGCCAUCACGAACACUGGACCGAGGAAGACUUUCUCGCAGACCCGCAAAAUAUCAUGUGCGCCUAUAAUAUGCAUUGGUACGAUGCUGCAAAUAAGUCGGUGCCCAUGGAGAAGAUGUACGAACACAAGUUCCUUCCCGAUAUAGAUGGACAUGGAUAUUCCGGCCGAUUCCGAUCUUUUAUGGAUUCAGACUCCGUGCCGAUCAAGGCGACCAUAUGGGCGGAAUGGACGACUUCGAGACUUUACGCCUGGAAACAUUUCGUGCCUAUGGACAAUACUUUUAUGGAUUUCCUGGGUUUGGCGGAGUAUUUUAUCGGAUAUACGCCGCCCGAAGAGUUAGAAGGGAAGGUGAAAGCGAGGAAGGGACACGAUGCGGAAGCGAAGGCUAUUGCUGACGCCGGUAGGGAGUGGGCGCAACAGGUCUUGAGAAAGGAGGAUAUGGUGCUGUAUUUCUGGCGUGUUGUAUUGGAGUAUGCGCGUGCGGUGGAUGAUCGCAGGGAGGAGCUUGGAUUUGUGGAGGACUUAUUGUGA